UCGAGCGUGGCGGCGGCUGCAGUGCGGCCGCUUGGCCCGGCGGUGAGGUUGGUGGUGCUCGGGCGUCUCUAGCUGCGGUCCAGGCCGUGUCCGACACGCGGCACCGACGUCGGGCCCCGCGGCGCGGCAGGACCAUGCUGCUGCCGGCCCGAGCACCCAGGGCGUGGCCCGGACUCGCCCGGCUCAGGGCCCUGGCGCCCCCCGAGACUCGGCUCUGGUCAAGCCCUGCGGCAACAGGCGGGCAGGGCCCGAGGCUGCGGACCCGGGUGCUCGUAACAGCCCUGUGUGGGGUGGGGCUCGGUGGGGCCUGGCUGGCUGUGCGGGCCGAGAAGGAGCGGCUGCGGCUGCGGCAGCGGAUGGAAGCCCUGCGCCAGGCGGCUGUGGGCCAGGGCGACUUCACCCUGCUGGACCACCGGGGCCAGGCGCGCUGCAAGGCCGACUUCCGGGGCCAUUGGGUGCUGAUGUACUUUGGCUUCACUCACUGCCCAGACAUUUGCCCCGACGAACUGGAGAAAUUGGUGCAGGUGGUACGGCAGCUGGAGGCUGAGCCGGGCCUGCCCCCCGUGCAGCCUGUGUUCGUCACCGUGGACCCUGAGCGCGACGACCCGGCGGCCAUGGCCCGCUACGUGCAGGACUUCCACCCGCGGCUGCUGGGGCUGACCGGCUCUGCGGAGCAGGUUGCCCAGGCCAGCCGCAGCUACCGCGUGUACUACAGCGCCGGCCCCAAGGAUGAGGACCAGGACUACAUCGUGGACCACUCCAUCGCCAUCUACCUCCUCAACCCCGAUGGCCUCUUCACUGACUACUACGGCCGCAGCAGGUCGGCCGAGCACAUCGCGGACAGCGUGCGGGGCCACAUGGCUGCUUUCCGCAGCGUCCUGGGCUGAACCAUUAAACCUGGCGCUGGAACUGUG